AUGUAGCCGCCACUGCUUCAUCAGUUCCAAAUACACGCGAGAAGACCAAGAGUCAAGCGUACAGGUUUAAGGUCGACCGUCAUCAUGAAGAUUCUCGUGAUACACAUUCCUAUGGUUCUCCUCAUAAUUGGUUUUUGCUCGUCGAACGUCGCUGGGAAGUCUCUACCUUCCGACGCGGAUGAUGAUCGAGAAUACAAGUCUACCACUAGCUCCCCCCUAGACGAUACCGACGAUGAUGCCGUUUCGAAGAAAUCUGAUUCAAAGGAUGAAGAGGAUCGGUCGGACGACUUACCGAUUUUACCACCAAUAAUACUACUAGAUUUCGGCAACGAUACAGAGGAUGAAAAUGUCACUUCCGAGGAGAAAUCGAAGCGUACGGUGAACAGCGGUCUCGGUUAUGGUCUCAACACGAACACCAUCCAAAUGAGAAGAUACAAUUACUAUUUUCCAGCCGGAAAAUCAGGAACCACGGUGAGCAUCGAGGAAUCGAUUAGCCCUUUCCUACCAAAGACGAUAAUCGAAAGGGUACAGCCAAGUAAUCAAAGAGGACAUUUUGGUACGCAACAGAACUCUUUCGCUACAUCAUUCUCCGAGAUUAAUGGCCAGAGUCAAGCGAAUCUCCGAUAUUUGAAUUUUCAUCGGUCCACGAAACCUGAGUCCGUGUUCGGAUUACGAACGAAGCCGCAAAAAGCCGCAGCAAGUUCUAGUUCCGAAUCGUAUCGAAACUUCUUUACAACAUCGAAACCUCCAGUCAGCUCAUUCGCAAUUCAAAAUUCCGGAUACAGGAAUAAUAAUUUGCCAACUACGACACAAUCACCUUUGCCUGUUGGCGUCACGGAGACAUUCAAAUAUGUAACUCCUGGUGCUGCGAACUUUGCGAGUUCACAGAGCGAUUCGUUCAACUAUGUUACCGCAAGUCCUUUCUCCCAUAACGGGAACGCGCAAACUUACACAAGCCAGAAACAGAAUAUUCAAUCCAAUAUCAAUUCCCAUAGCUUCGGUUCUGUUUCUCAAAAUAUCGACUCCUCUACGAUCGCUCCACUGAACUACGAUCCUCAUUUUCCAAGGGUUGGUUCGCCACACUCAAACAGUCCCAAGUACAUCGUGGAAAAUGGAAUCCGCUACGAGAACAAAGUCUUUUGGAAAUAUCCGGACGGCAGGGUCUCCGACGUUCCGCCUUCUACUUACGUUGAAUAUUCGCACCCGUUGGCGCAGCAACCCACAAAAACUCAGGAGCCUUAUUCGAUUUAUGAAAAUAGCUCUACGGAAAAUAAUAUUUUAUCUCAGGGGCCGGUGCAAUUUCCUACAAUAUCCGAGCAAACCGGACGAGAGCCAAAUCCAUUCGUUUCUGCGGAAUCCUUGUCGGCGAGUUUGCCACUGCAACAAGUGUAUCGACUCGGCUAUCAGAAUUUAGUGAGCCAGAGGCAAAAUGUAAACCUGGCGCAACAGCGCCAACCCAACGGCAACCUAGCAGCCUCCUAUUCUUUUCCCCCCGUUUCGUCAACUUCACCGGAGAAGACGAAGCCUAGCUUGACCAGACCCAAUAUCAAUCAUAGUUCACGUAAUCAGCAAACUUUGUCAAGAUACAUGGUGAAUAGCCCGAAUCCGGAAUAUACGACGGAACCGACUACUAAUGGCACAACACCUGUCAACUCUUUCUUCAGUUCGUCCACCGCACAUUCUUCUCGAACUACACCCAAGUACGAUCCAAAAAUACAGAACUAUCUGGAUACGAUACUUGCAGAAAAUAGGGAAUCGCAGAAACAAAGUUUCAGCAACAACGAUUUAAACGAUUAUUCUAACCUACAGUACUCGGAUUUAUUGAACUACAAUCCGUCCAUCUCUGAAUAUGUUAGAAAUCCUUCGUCUAUUUUGAACGUUCGUCCGACUUUCGUGCAAGCUGGAAACUCUCUGAUACCGGUCAUUAUACUCAGAGUCGAUGGUGCUUCUCCUAUUCAGACUAAAGACACGCAGAAUAUCAAUCUGAAGGCUCUGCUUCAACAAUACUUGCUUCAGUAUGCUAAGAGCAUUCAACAAUUGGCACAACCAUCAACGUACAAUCUCGGGUCUGAAUCCUUUUCCAAACAUUCGACGAUUGGGACUAAUAAGAGCCCCGUUCUAGAUCUGAUUCGGUUGACGCAAGACGAUGCACGAUCACCGACUUACAGUUCAAGUUCGUACGUUGGGAAAUCGAGUUACGAAGCUAGCAAUUUAGACGAUUCGAAUAGUCGUUACGUCCAAGGGUCAAGCGGUCGGCAGAAAACUAAAAGCGUUCAAAUUUUAGAGGAUCCAAGAUAUACCAAUUACAAGGUCAACAACUAGUGGCCCAUAGAAAAAGGAAAGAGGGCAAUCAAGGCUCAGGCGAAAGCGACGCGUCUGGCACAUCUACUAUUAUUUUGUAAGACGCUUUGUGCCAUUGAACUUGAAGGGAAUACGAUUUAUUAAAGACAGUGAUUCGGUAGUAUUUAAUAAGGGAUUGUGCAAUAAAGUUUGGCGACCUACUGUACCUACUGCGGUUGCUGCUUCUUCGAGAGUUGCGGAGUAAUUUCUGAACGUUUGAAAUUUUCGAAGAAUUAGUCGUGCUCAAAGUGGAUCAACGCUUUGAAAUUUAACCUAUGAAUAACCAAAUUUUUUACUUCAAGAAGGUACCUUAUAAACUUAGUUCUUAAGGAUCUGGUAUAAAGCGUACAUUUACGCCUCUGUAUACAUAUCUAUCUAAUUAAAUAAAAUUCGUACUUA